AUGUCUCACAUCAAAAAGGACAGUUCGACCAGUCAGACUUUGACAACACCCGCUUCCAUCGUUCGACCCGGCGCAACCCCUGAAGGGCCUCCGGGCUGGGAAGAGAAGAGGGUAGCUCAGGUCGAAGCUCAUCAAGCCGAGGAGGCGGGUCCAGCUUGCCUUGCUGCCUCGCAGUCCGAUACGAGGCAAGGGAAUGGUUCGAACAGCAAUGCGAAUGGAACAGAGGAGAAGGAAGGAUUGGCACAGAAGCUAAAGGAUCAGGUGCACAAGGUUGGAGAGAAGCUGGCUUUCGUGCCGCCUAAAGACGGAGAGAGCAAACAGGUGAGUGGAGAUUUCGAGAAGUCUUGCUUGACGGAGGGAGCGCAAAAGGGUAGAGCAGCGCAGCGCAGCGCACAGCGCAACAAUUCGAGCGUCCCGCGAGGCUGAAGCUGCAAAGCGAAAGAACAGCAAGCACAUUACGUGGACGUCCCUCAUAGCCCAUGCCUGAUUGACACAUCACAUCAUUCAUCUUGACCCCGCGCGCAUAGGAUGCCUCGACAAUGCCAGAGGUACCCAUCGAGUGA